AUGUUCACGUUCAGGAUUGCGAUAGCUGCUUGGUCGUCUGGCACUGGUGGUGCGGGUCUGAUCGGUUCAUUUUCGUAUGCUCUGCUCACCGAGCCGUCAAUGGGAAACCUACAGCCUAAAGUCGCGCUUCUCAUUCAACUUUUCGUACCAAUCGUUUUUGCUCUCACAUAUUUCUUCGUAUUAGUAACUCCUGAAGAUGUGCACACGCCUGGACUGAAUCCAAAGACGUGGAUUGUACCUAAGGAGGUUCACAAGCAGGUGAUUUCUUCAGUUCCUAUCCUCACACUGAACGAUGAUGGUUGGCCUGUAAGGGCAAUAAAGAGCAAAACGCGAUCCUGUUAG